AAGGAUGGCUUAUUGUGGUGGGGUUUAAUAUAGAGCAUGUUUAGAGACAUGUGUGUCCUCUAUUCUCAGUCAAUGAUAUGAUUUGUAACAAAAAUUGUUGACAAGAAAUAAGAGAAUUGAUAAAAACAUAUAGAAGGGGUUAAAAGUUUAUGUUGAAACCUUCCCUACCAAUGUGGCCAUGUUGAAUAAUCACAUCCCAACACCUUAUUAUCACCAAAUUCACGUUCACGCUAGAUGGUGAAUCAUGAAAGCUGACAAAUAGAAUACAACCUGCAUAUACUUUUUCUAACUUUCUUUUGAUAAAAUAAAUCUACCAAAAAAGGAAAUCUCACUCUUUUAUAAGGGAUUCUCUUCCAUUCUACCUUGUGCCACAAUCUAUACUCACAUCUUCUCAAAAUGGUUAACUUAGUCACCUUGUUAGUGUUGUGGUUUAGUGUGAUAUGUACUAUCUACAAUGUGAAACUUAUGGUACAUGGAAGUGCAAGGAGUGAAUCAACAAGGUUCUAUGAUUUCAAGGUUCAAACUAAAAGAGUUGCCAAACUUUGCAACUCCAAAGACAUUGUCACAGUCAAUGGUAUGUUUCCAGGACCUGUUGUUUAUGCACAAGAAGAUGAUAGAAUCAUAGUCAAGGUUACCAAUGAGACACCUUUCAAUGUUACAAUUCACUGGCAUGGUAUUCGACAAAGACGAUCAUGCUGGUAUGAUGGACCAUCCUAUAUUACACAGUGUCCAAUUCAAGCAGGCCAGAGUUUCACCUAUAAUUUUACAGUGGAGAAUCAGAAGGGAACUUUCUUCUGGCAUGCUCAUGUUUCUUGGCUAAGAGGAACUGUUCAUGGAGCUAUGGUUGUUUAUCCAAAGAAUAUGGUACCUCUCCCAUUUAAGAUUCCUUAUCAAGAGCAAAUAAUCAUACUAGGUAACUUACAAGGUGGCUCCUUAUGUUUGAAUUCAGUGUUACAUGUUGUAUGUUGUGAGCUGAUUCGAAUUAUCGCAGGUGAAUAUUGGCUGCAGGAUCUCCAACAAAUUGAGCAUUCCACUCUAGUGAGUGGAGGAGCUCCACCUAAAGCAGAUGCGUAUACCAUCAACAGUCAUCCAGGCCCCAACUACAACUGCUCCAUUAAUGAUGUGUACCAACUUAAUGUGAUUCAGGGAAAGACCUACUUGUUAAGACUGAUUAAUGCGGGUUUAAACACUGAGAACUUCUUUGCCAUUGCUAAUCAUAACGUAACAAUCGUGGAAGCUGAUGGUGAAUACACAAAGCCGUUCGCCACAGACAUGGUUAUGCUUGGACCAGGCCAAACAUUAAAUGUUCUAGUCUCAGCUGAUCAACCAGUAGGAAAAUACUCCAUGGUUGUGGCACCUUACAAAUCUGGCAGGAUUGUCAAAUAUCAAAAUGUUUCAGCCAUUGCCUACUUCAACUAUAUAGGGGCCGCAUCAGAUAGUUCAUAUUUACCAGCUAAAUUGCCUAAACUUGAUGAUAAGCUAGCUGUUAAGAGAUUCAUGGAUGGAUUAAGGAGCCUAAAUCUAGCAAAUGUUUUCAAAGAAAUUGAUAAAAACAUAUUCAUCACCAUUGGAUUGAAUGUUCAAAAGUGCCAUUCAAAGACACCAAAGCAAAACUGUCAAGCCAUGAAUAAUGGCGUGCUGACUGCUUCCAUGAACAAUAUAAGUUUUGUUCAUCCCAGUAUUUCAAUCCUUGAAGCUUAUUAUAAAAAGAUCAAUGGAUCAUAUACUGAAGAUUUUCCCGAUGCACCCUCUAAGUUCUAUGACUUCGUUAAUGGUGCCCCUAAUAACAUUCCGUACGACACAGAGUCGUUGAAUGGGACUAGAACUAAGGUCCUUGAAUAUGGUACCAAGGUGCAACUCAUUUUGCAGAACACAGGGACAGUCAAUAUUGAAAACCACCCAAUUCACAUCCAUGGCUACAGCUUUUAUGUUGUAGGAUAUGGCACAGGAAACUAUGAUCCACUAGCUGCACAAUUCAAUUUAGUGGAUCCCCCGUACAUGAAUACAAUUGGAGUUCCGGUCGGUGGAUGGGCAGCAGUCCGUUUCGUAGCUGAUAAUCCAGGUGUGUGGUACAUGCACUGCCACAUUGAUAUACACCAAUCAUGGGGACUAGGAAUGGUAUUUAUAGUGAAGAAUGGAAAAGGAGAUUUGGAGUCCUUACCACAUCCCCCACCUGACCUGCCACCAUGUUAAAGACUACCAUCAGAUCAUAACAAAUAGUACUAACAGAUAACUGUGUGAUCUUUUUUUCAAGAUUGAGUGUUCUUUAGCUCCAAGUCUGUACUGUAAAAUGCGGCACUGGUGCAUUUCUUUCAAAAGAAAAUUUUAUGGAUUUGUCAUCAAAACACAAAAAACAAAAUGUAUGGAUGUAAAGAAGCAAAAUGAAUAGAUGAACGCAAAUUUAUUUUCCUUUA